AUGGCUGCUUCGGGUAUCGCUGGAGCAGGUCUCACCCUUCUCAACCGCUUCUCCUCAGCCGCUUCUUCUUCUUCUUCUUCUUCAACUCGAUGCCGAACUCGUUCUGUAACCAUGGCUGUAUCCACCGACCAGAAGCCCAAAACCAACGAAAAACUCACUCUCCGCAAGUCCGAAGAAGCUUUCGCCGCUGCAAAGGAAUUGAUGCCUGGAGGAGUUAACUCCCCCGUUCGUGCCUUCAAAUCAGUUGGUGGACAACCCAUCAUCAUUGACUCCGCUAAAGGCUCUCGGAUGUGGGACAUUGAUGGCAACGAAUAUAUUGACUACGUUGGUUCUUGGGGUCCUGCAAUUAUCGGUCACGCCGAUGAUCAGGUGCUUGCCGCUCUGGCUGAAACAAUGAAGAAAGGAACCAGUUUUGGUGCACCUUGUCUUUUAGAGAAUAAGCUGGCAGAGAUGGUUAUUGCUGCCGUUCCCAGUAUUGAAAUGGUGAGAUUUGUGAAUUCCGGAACGGAAGCGUGUAUGGGUGCACUCCGCCUGGCGCGUGCUUUUACUGGGAAGGAGAAGAUUAUAAAGUUUGAGGGAUGUUAUCACGGCCAUGCUGAUCCUUUUUUGGUUAAGGCUGGCAGUGGAGUUGCCACGCUAGGACUUCCUGAUUCACCUGGUGUUCCUAAAGCUGCCACUUAUGGAACGCUUACGGCUCCCUACAAUGAUUUUGCUGCUGUUGAGAAGAUCUUUGAGGACAACAAAGGAGAGAUAGCUGUUGUUUUUCUUGAACCUGUUGUUGGAAAUGCUGGUUUCAUUACGCCCAAACCUGAUUUUCUUAGUUCCUUGCGCAAGAUUACCAAGGAAAAUAAUUCCCUUCUUGUGUUUGAUGAAGUUAUGACUGGAUUUCGUUUGUCGUAUGGAGGUGCUCAAGAAUAUUUUGGCAUAACUCCUGAUAUAACAACUCUGGGGAAGAUCAUUGGAGGGGGUUUGCCUGUGGGUGCAUAUGGAGGUAGGAGGGAUAUUAUGGAGACGGUGGCUCCGGCUGGACCUAUGUACCAGGCUGGGACAUUGAGUGGGAACCCGUUGGCCAUGACUGCAGGCAUACAGACUCUGAAGCGUAUCAAGGAGGCGGGAACUUACGAAUACUUGGACAACAUUACAGGUGAGCUUGUUCAAGGAAUUGUUGAAGCUGGGAAGAAGGCAGGGCAUGCAAUAUGUGGUGGGCAUAUAAAUGGAAUGUUUGGGUUUUUCUUCACACAAGGACCUGUGUACAAUUUUACAGAUGCAAAAAAGAGUGACACUGCUAAGUUUGCUAAGUUUUUCUGGGGUAUGUUAGCAGAAGGUGUCUAUUUGGCACCUUCACAGUUUGAGGCUGGGUUCACCAGCUUGGCACAUACUUCUGAUGACAUCAAAAAGACUAUAGCUGCUGCCGAGAGGGUCUUCAGGGAAAUCUGA